AUGUCGACAAGCAAAAGGGGAGAAUUAUCGUCAACUAGGAAAUUUUCAACACCUUCAUCACUACUUAGUUUAGCACAUUAUGAGCAGGAGGAUGUUGUGCUUCGAUCGAAAGACGGAAAGAUCAUACUUUCCGAAGAGGAAUAUAUAAAAAAAGUUGAUUAUAUAAUUAAACGAGAUUACUAUCCGAAUUUAUUGAGUGAUUCGGAAAGAAAAGAAAACAAAAUGUCACUCGAUCAAUUUUUAAACAAAUAUACUAGUGAGGAUAAUGCCUCAUUCUCGGAAAUCAUGGAAGAAUGGAAGAUACGAAAUAAGAAAUUAAUUGAAAAGAUUUAUGAUAAGAAUGCUCAAUCAAAUGUAAAUCGUUUGGUAUUACCAAUUGAAAAUGUAAAUAACAGUAUUAAAUCGAUAACGAGUGCCAAGGAUGAAAAACUCAUGUUGGAACACAUCGAUGAUUAUGAUAAUCACAUUAUAGCUUACUCGGAUGAAACAACAUUAGAAAAACGACUGCAAAUUGAUGAAGAUGAGGAAGUUGAAAAAUACAAGAAUUCUCUAAUGUUCUAUCCAGCAGGAAUCAAGAGAAGUUCAGAACCCUCAAACAAAAUUAUCAAACACAAUGGUACACGUGUAUCUGCUCAAGUUAUUACUAAAAAUGAAAGUUUAAGAACUAUUCAAGAACAGAAGCAUUUUGACCUUGAUGAAGAUCCUAAAUCGGUGUUAGAAAAAAUUAGUCAACAAAUUAACAACUCUAUGACUGUAAAUGGUCACAUGUUGGAACAGACACCUAUUAUUCAUCCAUCAGAGUCAGCUGAAAUAAUGACAUGGGGUACAAUUGAAUCAUCUCCAUUCAGAGUUCCAGAAACUCCCCAAAGAGAAGCUAUUUCUCAAAAGCUAGCAGCCACUGCCAGUAAGAAUAUUCGUAAACGAGAAAGUAUGACACCAAAUCAAACAUAUAACUACUCCAGAACUCCAACUUCUACCAGAUCUUUUUCCACACCAAACACACCAUUAUCUUCACCUUUCCAAAAACCACUAACUCAACAAUAUCAAUCAUUAUCAGAGGCAGCUCAGAAACUUGCCAAGCGUCACAUCAGCACUCGUUUCGUAGCUCCACAAAGCUCAUCAACAGUUUCAAAUAAGGCCAACAAUGAAGAAAUUGUUCAAAUCAAUAAGAAGAAGAAAGUCUAG